UUUACAUUUUAGCUGGACCAGCUCUGCUAGGGUUUAUCUCCACACAGAAACAUAUCUGGUUGGUUUGGGGUUUAUGUGGAAAUCUUAAUCCAUAGCUAUCAAUCAACUUAUUGCAGCUCCCUAGAGUUUCUACAGAAUGGGAAAGAAGAAAUUCAUCGACAAGAAGAAAUCGGCGACGUUCCAAUUACUCGCCCGCGACUCGUCCGAUCCCAACUACGACGACUCACCGGGUGGCGACCGAGUCUUUGUCCGCGUCGACAACAACUCCGCAUCCGUAUUUGCCGAUGCUCUCGAGGACAACGACGAGGGAAACGAUGAUCUAGUUUUCGGGAACUCGGCGCCGGAGGCGAAUGCUUUGCCACAGCAGUUGAGGAAGGAGAUUUUGGAGCUAGGGUUUCCAGACGACGGUUAUAACUAUUUGCUUCACUUGAGGGAGAUCAAGAACGCUGGAGCUGGCUCUGCGUUUUAUGAUAAUCCGAAGGCGAGGCUUGAUCAGCUUCCCCGUGACGUUAAGGCAUAUGAUGCUUCGAGAGUACGGAUAGGGGAUGGUGAUCCCAAUGGGAAUUCGAUUUUUAGUGUUGCAUCGAAGAGUGUUGGUGUGAGAGUUCAGAAAGCGGUUGAUCCUGAUGUGGCUGCACUGCUUGAUGAUAGCGAUCUGUCGCGAUUUGGUUCUGAUGUCGAGGACUUGGAAGAGGAUUUCGUUCUUCAGGCAAACAUUCCUGAAGAAGAGGAGGAAGAUGUGGAGGUGGAUAAUUCUGACCAACAACAAAAUUUGGAUGGCCUUGUCUUUCAGAAUGGAAUUGGAAUUGGAAAUCAUCUGGUUGUAGGAGGAGAUGAAUGUGUUGGUGAGAAGCUGCGGGUUCGGCGUCUUCUGGAUGAGCAAUUUGAUUUACUUGAGCGUCAAGAAUAUUGCACUGAUGAUGAUGAUGAUGAUGAAUAUGGUAAUGUAGCUGAAGAAGAUGAACACCUGGCAGAGAAGCUAAAACAUGCCCUAGGUGACCAUGUGAUCGAUGACUUGGAACUCAGUGACAAAUAUAAGGCUCCUGCAGAUUUAUUGCACGAUAAUGAGAGACCAAAAAGUAAGGAGCAAUUUGACACUGCUGUUGUUGUGAUUCGUCGCUGUGUGGAAUAUGGUGAGAAGUAUGAAAAGGAAAAUGAAAAUGAAGACAAACACGUGGUUCUUGUAGAAGAAAGCAGUGAUGAAUCAGAAGUGUGGGAUUGUGAGACCAUUGUUUCUACGUAUUCAAAUAUCGAUAACCACCCUGGUAAGAUUGGGGCUCCAGAAAUAACUAGGAAAAAGAAGUUGGCUGAAACUUUAUUUGGAGCCUCGAGUGCCACGAGUCAUGUAAUAUCCCUACGAGGAAAAGAGAAGCUACCUGUGGACUUUCUACCUCAUAGUAUAAAACCUGUUGCGGAAAAGGUAAAGGAUGUGGAUAGUAAAAUGGCUGAGCAGCAGAAGAGGAAACAACAUGGUCAGGAGUCAAAAGAGGAGAAGAAAGAACGGAAGGCUGCUGUAAAGGAGGAAAGGCGUGAAGCACGGCGUGCUAAAAAAGAAAUGAAGGAGCUUUACCGGGGUGAAGCACAGCGUGCUCAAAAAGUUGCUGCCAUUUGUGGCCCAUCUUCUAUACAUCUUAUGUAAGUGUGGUAAAGAUAAUACCAGAUUGUUGCCUAAGACUCUGUGGCCUUCCAUUGGGGUAAUUCUGCAGUUCUGAAGUACAAGGAAGUAAAGUAAUUGAUGUUAUCCACAGUCAAUCUUCUACAAGAGAAGGGGCGUAUGCUCAGCUAGUUCUUGAUUGCCAUGAUUUGGUUAGAUUAUCAGAGUUUACUAUUUAUUGUAGUCGUUUUCUUCUUCUUGUAGGGAUGGGGUGGGGUUUUUGCUACUGAGCCUUUCUGGCUGAAGCCUGCAUGUUCUACUGUACGCAGUAAAGUUAAAUUUAUAUUUCUUUAGUUGUUGUUUUUGCUUGCAAAACAAAGAAACAUGAGAAUCUCUGCUAUAAACUUGGACGCAAUCAUGGUA